AUUUCAAUCUUAUGCGGGAAGAAAAAGCCAAGAAAAGAUCCAAAGCUUGAAGCCUUCAUGGAGAAGUUCGGACACCUAGCCCCAACGAGUUAUAGCUACUCCGAAGUGGAGAAGAUGACCUUUUCCUUCAAUCACAAGAUUGGUCAAGGUGGUUAUGGUGGCGUGUACAAAGGAAAGCUUGAUAAUGGUCGUCUGGAGGCAGUUAAGGUCUUGAAUAGUUCUAAAGGCAAUGGCAAGGAAUUCUUGAGCGAAGUUAUCAGUAUUGGUUGCACUUACCAUGUCAAUAUUGUGAGCUUACUAGGCUUUUGCUUGGAUGGGUCUACAAGAAUUCUGAUAUAUGAGUUCAUGGCUAAUGGAUCACUUGAAAAGUUCAUCUACACUAAGAAACAAACAAUACCAAGUCUGGAAUGGGAGAAGCUAUUGGAGAUUGCAACUGGCAUUGCACGGGGCUUAGAGUACCUCCACCAUGGCUGCAACAUCGGAAUUCUACAUUUUGACAUUAAGCCACAUAACAUACUACUAGACGAAGAUUUUCAUCCAAAAAUAUCUGAUUUUGGGCUAGCUAAAUUGUGCCGCUCGGCGGAGAGCAUCAUAUCAAUGGUCAAAGCUCGAGGGACUGUAGGGUACAUUGCCCCUGAGGUGUUCUUGAAGAAUUUUGGAGGGGUCUCUAGCAAAUCCGAUGUUUAUAGUUAUGGAAUGGUAGUGCUCGAAAUGGUUGGGGGAAGAAGAAAUGUUGAAGUUCAAGCAGGCAACACCAGCGAGAUCUACUUCCCACAUUGGAUUUACAAGAAUCUCAACUUGGAUGGAAAGUUGAAAACUUUUAGGGCCAUGACCAAAGUGGAAGAAGUGAUUGCCAGAAGGAUGAUUCUAGUUGGUUUAUGGUGCAUCCAGAGUAAGCCAAUAGAUCGACCCUCAAUGAGCAAGGUUCUAGAUAUGUUAGAAGGAAGGAUUAUAGAUUUGCAAAUUCCACCUAUGCCAGUUUUAUCUUCCCCCUCAAGAUCAGCGAAGCAUUCCCAGACAAAUGAUUCUCAUGAAAUAGUAUCAGUAACCACCACUUGUUAGAAUAUACUUAAAAGAUUUGAAUGUAUAAUAGGUGUAUUGACCAUGGUGCUGUAGGCAUCCACUUAUUUUCUAUUUCAGACAAAGAUUUUGAGAUGUGGUUCUGAAGGCAUCAUAAAUAUUUGAACCUUCAACAGAUUUAUAUUUUACUUUCAUAUUUAGGAAAAUCGAAGAGAA